GGCAUCCGAGUACUAAGAACUAAAUGGGCCUAAAUAAUAGUAACAUACGGAGAAGACUGGUUGAAUUGAAGGAGAGGGUCACCAUUUGACAUCCUCUUUUUUAUCCUUUUCAUUACAUAUCCAUGGCUCCAACUCUCACCUCCAAUUCAUUUCUCUUAACCACCACGCCCCGGUCAAGGCAAACCCUAACGAACCCAAGGUUCACAGUGUUUGCCAAAAGGGCCGGUCCGUUCCAGCUUGGAAAAGCUAAAGACAGUCCUGAAGAAGGCCAAACUGAAGAUUCAGGCAAUUCUACUUCUUUCCGUUUCAAUUUCGGCAAGGUACCUGACGUGAAAACUUUGGUCCCGCUCGUGAGUAAACCUUCUACGGGUAUAUCGUUUGGGAACGCAAGGAGAAAAGAUCCAGCCACUGUAUUUGUUGCGGGUGCAACCGGACAGGCUGGCAUUCGCAUUGCACAGACAUUGCUGCGUCAGGGUUUCACUGUUCGGGCUGGUGUGCCAGAGCUUGCUGCUGCCCAGGAACUGGCUCGUCUUGCUGCCCAAUACAAGAUCAUAUCCAAUGAAGAAUCAAAGCGCCUCAAUGCAGUAGAAUCUACCUUCGAAGAUGCAGAAUCAAUAGCCAAAGCAAUUGGCAAUGCCAGCAAAGUGGUAGUCACAAUUGGCCGUGGUGAAAAUGGUCCCACUUCCGAGGUCUCCACAGCAGAUGCCUUACAAGUUAUUGAAGCUGCUCAACUGGCUGGCGUAGGCCAUGUGGCAAUUGUCUAUGAUGGGAACCAAGCGGGUGCUUCAACUUAUAAUGUGCUUGAUGGUAUCACAUCUUUCUUUAGCAACCUCUUCUCUCAAUCUCAACCGUUGAGUCUACCCGAAUUCUUGCAAAAACUAAUCCAAACUGACGUUAGCUACACGUUAUUAAAGACAACCCUCAUAGAAGAUUAUUCAGCAGAGAGCCCUUACAAUAUUGUGGUGUCAGCUGAAGGCAGCAUUGGUGCAAACGCCUACAAAGUUGCAAAAUCUCAGAUAGCAUCUCUGGUUGCAGAUGUUUUCUCCAACACAGCUGUGGCAGAAAACAAGGUUGUUGAAGUUUUUACAAGCCCAUCAGCUCCAUUGAAGGGUGUAAAUGAGCUUUUCAGUGCUAUUCCGGAGGAUGGAAGAAGGAAGGCCUAUGCAGAAGCUCUUGCAAAGGCUAAAGCUGAAGAAGAGGCAACAGUAGCUGCUGAGAAAGCUCGUGAAGCGGCUGAAGCAACAAAGAAGCUGGAAGAGGAAGUGAAAAAGCUUUCGAAGCAAGAAGCCAGGGCUACUAGCCUAGCUGAAGAAGCCCAAGAGAAAGCAGAGGCUGCGGGGGCGUCGGUAGAAGGCCUCUUGAGUAAAGCUAGGGGCUUCAGCUCGGGACUCUCUUGGGAAAAAUUCAGUUCCCAGAUGGCAACUGCAGUUCAAAAACCUUCUGAUGAGGAGAAGCCUAAAGUGCAGAUUGCCACUGUCAGGGGACAAGCUAAGGCUAGAACGUUACCUUCCAAGAAAGCUGUUGUCAAGCAACCUGCUCCUAAAUCUUUUUUCCCAAAGCCGAAGGAGACACCGAAGACAAAGGCUAAAGAGACAGAGAAGACUGAAGUGAGGAAGGUCUUCGGUGGCCUGUUUCAGCAAGAAACCAUAUAUGUUGAUGAUGACUGAGACGAAAGAUUUGUAGCCAAUAUCUUUCCCCAGUCUGUCAGAUGAUUUUUGUGCAAAUGUGGUUCAAUAACAUCGUGUGUAAUUAUUGUUGGAGGCGUUAUGAGUCUAAGAAACAUGCACUGGCUUAAGGCUAUGUUAUUUAUUCUGUCGAAAUGUGAAGCAAUUUUCAUAGUUA